AUGGCUUUUCGUUUCCAUGGCCUUUCUCUUUUAUGUAUUUUAAGUGUUGCUAUGGUUUUGCUUUCAACGGCCUCUGCAAAUUUUCAAGAACCUCCCGGACGUACAUGCAUACAUAAAUGCAAAGAAGGAGGUGAUGGAGUUUGCUAUAAAUUUUGCUAUGAAAUGGGUUUCAAAUCUGGUGGCGAUUGUUAUAAUGAAAAUCCAGAUAGUUCGGUUUGUUGUUGUAUCAAAAAUAAAUAG